AUGGGGCAGGAUGGGGCGCUUAAAACUCAUGACAUGUUGCAGGAAACAGAGAACGGAAAAAUUGGGAUGGAUGGUUGCGACCUUAACCAAGAACCUGAGUGUGACCGAGACACAUUCAGUGAAGAAAGCGGUGGUUCAAUAGGAGGACACGAAAAUGAGGAGGCAGAUGAAUUGGUGGGCGCAAUAGGCGUGGAUGACGUAAUGAAAUUAACAUUUGACACGGAAGAAGAAGCUGGGGAAUUCUAUAAUUUGUAUGCGAAACUAAGCGGAUUUGGGAUUCGUAAAAGUAAUGCCAAACGAGAUGCAGAUGGCAUUUCAAGAUUUAGAAAAUGGGUAUGUUGCUGUGAAGGUUAUAGGAAUGAAAAGUGGUUUAAUUAUGAAGACCGGAAAAAAGAAGCAAAACCAGUCACAAGGACCGGAUGUGAGGCUUGCUUUCGCGUGAAAUAUGACAUAGAAUCGGUAAAGUAUGUGGUGACACGUUUCGUUAUGGAGCACAAUCACCCGCUGGCAUCAGAGGCAAGUGUGCAACACAUUAGGUCGCAUAGAAAAGUGAGCGAUGCAGAAUAUGCGCAGGCAAAAAGUCUAAAGUUGGUUGGGGCCAGAAUAUGCCAGAUAACGAAACAUUUUGUUAUCAAAGCCGGAGGGUAUAGUAACGUGGGAUUUUGCAUUAAGGAUCUGUAUAACCGAAUGGACGAGGAACGUAGAAAAGAUAUUUUGAAUGGCGAUGCAGAAGGGGCACUUGGGUUCUUGGCAGUGAAGAAGGAUGCCGAUGACAUGUUCUUUUAUAAAUAUCAUGUAGAUAACGAAGGAAGAUUGGUAAGGUUGUUUUGGGCAGAUUCUAAAUCUCGUGUGAAUUUCAGUGUAUUUGGAGAUGUAUUGGUGUUUGAUACAACAUACCAAACAAAUAAAUACCGCAAGCCACUAGUUGUACUUGCAGGGGUAAACAACCAUUUGAACAGUACUAUUUUUGGCUGUGCACUGCUAUCAGAUGAGAGGAUUGAAACAUAUGAAUAG